AUGUCGCUAUCCAAACCCUCCAUACCCGUUCAACGAUGUCCAGCAAACUGCAGAGGCUGUGCAACAUUUGCAGCUUUCGGCGGCGGAUACUUUCCUCCUCAAACACCUGGUGGAGCAUUGUACCAAUGUUAUGAAUAUGCUUUGGCGCUAGGUAUUAUAGAAGGACCUUCUUCGAGCACGAUUGAGAAUGCGGAUUUGGUACCUGCUCCUUUGGCCAUACCUGCUAAGUCGGCGAGACGUCCUACGGGCAAGCCGAUUGCUCCUGCUGCUUUUACUUCUCCCCCUCCUCCUCCUUUGCUCCCUUUUCCUGUCGAAGUGAGCAAGGAAACAAGGAAGAAAAUGGAGGCAAUAGCAGCUGGGCCAUAUACAUUCGAAGAGAAAGUAGAGUUGAUGACUUUUGAGGCAACUAAAGAUCCGCAGUCAGCUGCGUAUAUGGUGAACUAUGCAAGAACGCACCAGAUUGAUUUCCCCGCAGGGUCUACGAUGUCACAAACUGGCGAAGACGCUAUAUUUUCUCCCUCUUUAUCUAGUGUAGGUAUCUAUGAAGAGAAAAAUGCGACAUAUCCUCUUGGUCAUAGUUAUCUACCACCUGGUGUGGUUCCGCUUCAUAGUGAUCUUCUAUUUACGAUCACGACGUGUGGAGAACGAUGCGCGACGAGUUUUGUUGGGAUGUAUGCGAUGCGGAUGCGAGAUGCGUUUCAAGCUUCUGGGGUCGAUAUGCGGGCUCAUGAAGUAAGAGGGGAUUGGGAGAAGACAGGGGCGAAGCGAUGGUUGUAUAGCUUGGGGAUGGACAAGGAUAAGGAAAAGGUGAACAAGAUUCUAAGGAAGGGGAAAGAUGUGGUCAUGGCGCAGGAGAAGAGAGGGGUUAGCACGUUCAAGUUAUUAAAGGAAUAUGAGAAUUUACGCAAGGAUAUGGAGAGUGAGAUAGAGAAUGCGUUUCGGGAUAUAGAGAAGGCGGUUGGAGAUUCCCAGGAAGCGGAGUGCAGUCUCGAGUCAUCGGAGCCUCACUCACUGCCUGACAAGAUUGUGCGAAGAGCGGUUGAGAAAGUUGUAAGAGAACACUUCGAUCCUAUCGAUUGGCAAGGCCCAGACCGGAAUUGGCUAGGAGCUGAUGCUAGCAUUUCCACCCUACCUCCACGACAGCGACCACUGCAGAGUUGUGGCAUGAACGGACUCGUGGGUGAUGACCCGGUCGACGAAUCUGCAUGCACCAGUUUCGUUCAAUUGAAGCGUACGAAGCCAAUGGAAUUUAAAUGGUACCACAGGAGCAACGAGUUCGAGAAACCGAAAUAUGAAUGGCCUCAGCAAUUGAGAUGUAUUAUGAGCAAUGGAACAAUCCGCGAGCGUUCGAUGGGUCCAUUCUAUGGCGAAAUAUCUGAUAGACUCUCUCUGUUAAAGGAGCAUUCUAUAAAGCAGAACAUUGCUGCAGAUAACACACUGCACUUUGUGGAUUCAUCGUGGCGGUUCAUGGCGAAUGGGAUGAAUAUCUGUGAUUGGUAUUGGGACGAAGAAAAGCGCAUAUUGGUAAAAGGUUACAGCGGGCACAGUGAUUACAAGAAAGACUGCGAUCGGAUUGACCGAGAGUUGGAAAAUUGGAAGGCGACGAUCAAAGAAGGGAUGGAGACUCCAAUCAACUCUGGUGACCUUUCCAAGAAGGAACUUCGAUACGCUACGAUUGGCGAGUAUUUAUUACGACAGUGGAAAGAAGGACCGGGAAUCAUGGUUUCCAAAACCCCUAGCGAUGAAAAGAUGGAAGGAUCUCUUCUUGCUCCUCACACCACCGAUAACGCUUCGCAUAUUAACUAUCUCAAUGCUCGUAUUACUGAUGCAACUAGACAUCGGGCUGAAAUCGAAAGCAAGUGGAAUCACGAAACUGCGCCUCAAGAUGUCUUUCAGGCUAGAAGAGAUUUACUCGCACAUAUAGAUGUGUUGGAGGAUUUGAAAAUCGAGAUCGAAGCGCUCAAUCGUCAAGAAGAGACAGGACAAAGCCCCAUUUUCAAAGACAAAAAGACGAGAAGAGAGUUGAGUUUGUGGGAGAGGGAACGAUCAGAAGAGAUGCGGUUGUGGGAAAGAAAGCCGGCAGGUGAAAAAAAUGGACAAAGUCCGCGUUCCGAGGCAAAAUGA